ACAUUGUUUUCUUCAUUUUCUUGUACCAGCGAUGGAUCUAUAAGGUGGACAAGAGUCGUGUGAAUGAAUUUGGUUUCUCGGGUGAAAUGGAGGAGGACACAAAGAAGGGCAUUGCCAACGGUGAUGCAACCGAACCGGUCGUGGCCGCAAUUGAAGCCAAACCAUCGUCACCAGCUUCAACCAAAUCGAAAUCAAAGAAAGACAAAAAACGAGAUUAAUCUCUUCCCAAAUUCUCAUUUUUAAACACAAUUUUUGAAAUAAGCCGCAUGCCGUGUAUCACAUACGUCUAAACGAUGAACAUAACCAUAUUUUAUGUUGUUGUAAAAAUACUAACUAGUUAAUUGCGUUUGCAGCGUGUAGCCAAUUGUUCACCAGUGAAGUGCGAGAGAGAAAAAAAGCGAGCAAGCAGUGUGUAAACAGGACUGUAUUUUAGCGUUAGUUAUUAUAUAUUUGAAUGUUGGUCGAAUUGUGUUAGUUUAACGUAAGAAUACCAGAAUAAAAAUAGAAAUUACAGUAAAUGUAAAACAGAAAGAAUAAACCGAAAAUUAUGCCGAAUUCAUUGAGUGAACGAACAAACGGGUACAAAAAUGCAGAACAAACAACAAAUAUCAAUUUUACCGUGAAAUAAAAAGUUGCGAAUGAUUUGAGUUUUAUUUGUUUUGAUUUCCCCUUAAAAAUGAGUCGCAAAACGUCAUUCCGCCGUGUGCUCACCUGUUGAACAAACUCACGCGGCCGCAUUUACUCACACGCAUACACAUACGACUCCAAUACAUGGAUGGAGCGUCCAAUACACAUUUGAAGAAAGUGACGAAAGGUAAAUGGCUGCUGUGAACUGUCAAAACUAAAAGAAAAAACGCAACAACAGAGAAACAAUGUCAGUCAACUAAGCUGUGUGACACGUAACAACCAAAUGAAUUUUGUUUAUUUUUCUGCUACGAAUCAAAAGGAUUGCCAAUUUUUUAGGGCAUUUUUACAUUUUUUAUAUUCUGUUAUUGUGAUUGCAUGUUAAAUUGUGGGUUGUAAACAAUUAAUUUGUAUGAAAAUGACACGGAGAAUGUUGUGAAAAAAACAAGCUGACUAUGGCCUAAAAAUUGAGAAAUAGUGCAUAAAUUUAAUUCAAUUGAUUGGAAAAUGUAUUCGGAAUGGGCAUCGUUGUCACCAGUUAUCGCUGGAAAUAGCAACAAUUCAGCGAAUACAGUACUAAACAAGUUCUCAGCGAUCGCUGGCAAAGAAGUUUCACAAGCGGUGGUAAAGCAAUUGGCAGCCAACUUGGGCAUCACACAAUCACCUGAACCCAGUAUUUUAGUCACAGAUGAAGAAGUGAACUGGUGCAUGAGUGUCAUUUGUCAUGGUUUGUCACUGCCACUCACCGAACACGAAACAAUUAAGGACUGUGUGAAUGUCUAUUGUGAAUGGUUAACAGCGUUGUAUCAAGUGCCGCGAAUCAGUGUACCCACACCAAUAUGUGAAGAUCCAAAUUUGUAUGCGCGUAAAAUCAUAAAUCAUUUUCACAAACUGUUUGUACCGCGUCAAGGCGAAGUUUGGCCAUUUUUGUACCAGGAUAAUUUGGGUGCUGAUUUGAUAAAUCGACAAGCGGUUCUGUGUCAUCGUGUGCUUCGCACUUUGCAACAAGUGGCUCAGUCAUCACAGAAACUUACACCUGAAACAUGGGAAUCGUUGCUGCUGUUUUUGCUGGCGAUAAAUGAGGUCCUUCUGGCGCCUCCAGGUGCAAAAGAUGAUGUCAGCGAUCAACUCUGCGAACGAGUGUUGAGCGUUUUGUUCGAGGUAUGGCUGAUUGCAUGUGUUCGCAACUUUCCAUCACCAUCGCUUUGGAAAACACUGCAAGAGUCGUGUUUGCUGUUGAGACAUCGUAUCGCCUUGAUCGAACAAUGGAAUCGCGUGAAUCUCGCUCUGACGGCGCGUUUACUUGAGUUUUUGUACGGGCCAUCAUUUCCAGAGCUAAAAAUAUUGGAAGAAGACGCCCAAUUGAUUCCAUCCGGCAUGACAAAUGAUUGCAUUGCCCAAACUUGGUACCGAUUUCUGCGCACAAUUGGAUCACCGAUUGCAUUGUGUUCGCCGCAGGUGAUCAGCAAAACGCCCCAAUUCAUGCAAUGGGUUAUGUCCCGUGCCGAUGGCGUUGAAGCAUUCCAUCAUCCAUGUCUUUUGCAGUUGCCGCACAUUUUUCUCAAAGCAAUCAAGGGCGUUUCCAGUCAAGUUGAUGCUUUUCUAGGCAUAUACCAAGCACAUGAACCGAUUGAGGUGUCAGCUGACACAACAACGAGCUCGGCCACAUCGGCACAACAGCAAAAACUCGAAGAAUCGUCACGUUUGUCGGGUAGUGAAAUUAAAAGUAGUGGAUUUAUAAGUAGCAGUAGCUUAGCGAUUGCUUCAAUUGGUGGUGGUGGUGGUUCACAAUCGGUAACGCCAAGCGUUGCCACCAAUUCAAAUGCUGGUAGCGGUGAUUCGCCAACACCAACGCAACAUCGUCGACUCGCAAAGAGUUUCUCAGUUGCACCAUCUCUAUCACAAACAUCAAAGGCUCUCCCAUCAUUGGGAUUCAUCGAAUCACGUCCACCUUUGGCAGCGGCAAGACCAAAAUGCAAUAGUAUUUUGCAUUUGUUUGGCGAAUGGCUUUUUGAAGCAGCUCACAUCGGUGGUGAUGCUUGGUUGCAGAACACGAAAAAAUUAGCAACCGAGGCAAGUCGCCGACCAUCGUCAAUGAUACUAGACAGUCGAAAGGGGAGUUUAUCGUUGUCACAACCGUCGUCAUUGUCUGAAUCAGCCGAUUUACCACCCAGCUUGAAAAUCGAUAAAUAUGAAUCUGGAAAGGCUGAAGCGAUUGGUGCCUUGUGUCGAAUUUUCUGCGCAAAAAAAACGGGCGAAGAAAUUUUGCCCGUGUAUUUGGCACGAUUUUAUGUGGCAAUUCAACAGGGAUUGAGAAUUCCGGAGAGUCGUGAAUGUGAAGAAACAUUGGCUAGUAUUUUGUACAAUUCAUCCGAUCUAUUCCGUUUGGAUUUGGAUGGCAUUCAAGUGUUACUGCCGUCAUUCAUAUCCGCUUUGGAACUGGUUUUGCCGGAGAAAGAGCUUAAAUUGAAAACAAAUAUUGUCAUCAAUAAAACCGAAUUGCGACGUGCAUCCAUUCAAAUUCUACUGACGAUACUUGCGCUACCGCUACAUUUCCAAACACUUCCAAUUCGUGAUCUAUCCAAUUCACCGGACAAGGUAAUCACUUUCAUUCAGCUGAAACCGCGGCUCAUCAACAUUCUGAUGAAUGCAAUUCAAGUGGAGACCGAUCCACAGAACACACACAUGCUGCUCGGUGGAUUGAUGCUAUGUGUUCAAGACUCAGCAUUAUUUGAAGAAUGCGCAGAAAUUACUGUGGACGGAAGGCAAACAUCACCAGCACCCAGCGAUACAAAUCUACUCAGUUCGGCGUAUUCCGAUAAAAGUGCAUGUUCAAUAGCCAGCGGUGGUUCAAGUUCGAUUGGUGGCAAUAGUACGGCGACGCUGGGCAACGAUUAUCCCAGUUUGACUGCAUCCGACGAUUUUCCAGAUGAUAUUGAAUUUUCGACGAACUACGAUAACGCACAUGCACUUUUUGUUCGUGCCACUUAUUUGGUGUGUCACCGUUUGAUUUCAUCGUGGAAGACCGAUUUGAAUGUUUCACUUGCAGCACUGGAGUUGCUAUCUGGAUUGGCAAGGAUGACUAUUAAAGAUUCUGAUCCUCUUGAGUGCAAACGAGCUGUAAAAUGGAUUUGUGACUACAUUUGUUAUCAGUGUUCAAGACCGCCACCAGCUCAUAGCAAAGAUCUACACAGUACUAUUGUCUCUGCAUUUCAAUGCACAUCUGCAUGGUUGAUCCAGCAUCCUUAUUUGCUACAAGAUAAAGAAUGUUUGACAACUGUAUUGGAAGUGAUUGAGUUGGGUAUAUCUGGUACGAAAAGCGUCGGAAAACCCGGUGAACCAAUCAAACUAAAGGAAGACAAGGAAUUGAAACCAGUUUCAAUGAGAGUGCGUGAAGCAGCUGAGACAAUGUUAACCCUUGUACUUGAGCAAGUUGGUUUCUUCCCAAAUGAGUGUGGUCCACAGUCAGUAUCAUCUCUGCUCGACGAAAUCACACUGUACAAACAUUGUGUUUCGCAUCCGAAUGAGAAGAAUGAGGCAUCAAUAUCGGCUGAGCAAGCAGUACAGAAGUUUCGAUAUUUUGUCGCCGAGAAUUCGACCAUUUUGGCAUUGCUGGAAGAGCCGUUGGGCAAUGAUCAAGAUCCACAACCGACGAUCACAUUGCUUCUCCGCAGUUCAUUCGGAAGAAAUGCUUGGACCAUGCAAUUGAGACAUUUGCCGCGAAGCAAAUCCGGCACAAAAUAUCACGCACCAAACCCAGGACGCCCGGUUCCGAUGAAUGAUAUGCCAAUGCGCCAGGAGGUGGAACAAAAAUUCUACCCGGACGGUGUUGAACGCAUUCAAUCGUGUGUUGCUGACAAUUCAAUUCCAACGAUAGAUUCGGUUGUACAAAAAAUCGGCAGCAAGACGAGCCCACAGCUUGUUCAACUGUUGGAAAAUCAAACAGUCGCUGAGAAAAUGGCAUGGGCAGAAACUGAUAAUUCGGACGAUGGUCUCGGCAGAGAGUCAGAAACUGAAGCACCUCCAGUGGUGAAUGAAUUCCAAGCGGCGCGAUUGUUCUUAUCACAUUUUGGCUUUUUGUCGAUUGAUGAAGAUAAAUCAACGGAAGAAAAUGAUUCAAUGGUGAAUUUCCCCGUUUUAACUGCGCUCGAUGCAAAGCAGCCAGGCUUUUUAUCCGAUUUACAAGCAUUGGAUAGACUCAGUCCACGUACAAAUGACACGCUUCACAUUUUCUAUGUAAAAGUUGGACAAACAUCGGCUGCCGAAAUUAUUGAAAACGUUUCAGACGCAAAUGUUGCGUCACUUGACAAACACUUUUGGAAUGUUUUACUGAAUCUGGGUUGGCCAGUUGAAAUCGAAGAGCAUGCCGGAUGGACUGGUUCCGUAAAUACGAGUUGGAAAAUCCAAACCAGUACGGUGGUCACAUCGAAAAAAGAUUUCAACGUUAACACGCCCGAAAACAUGAAGUUUAACGGUGAAAAGCGCAUUUUGUAUUGGGCCGAUGUGAGCGGUGAAAUAGCAUUUGUGUUGCCUACAAAAUGGAAUAAGGCUGAUGAUACAGCUGAUGGCAGUUGUUUGUCGAUAGCGUCAUCAUCAUCAAAUGAGAGUGAAAAAGUACAUCCAAAUUUAAAUGAUCGAAGCUUAAGUGUGCAACAAGGGAACACAGCAAAAGUUUCGAUUGGUCAAAAGCCAAAAACACUUUCAUUGGAUUUGGAUAAACCAAAAACACAAGGCAGUCCAGGCAGCAGUAAUGAUCCGGUAGCACCGACUCGACGGAGAACAUGCGCAAUUAAACCGGCCUUGUCAAGUCAGAGUAGUGUCAAAAUUUUCAUGGUUUGGCUUGAAAGUUUUGAGGACUACUUAAAUUUCCCAACCGAUGAACUGCUGACGUAUGCCAGAACUGGCGAAGAAUAUCAAUCUGGACAAAUUCCACGGGCAAGCGAUUGUCACAUCAUUUUCUUGCAAUCUCUAAAUUCUGGGUUGCUUCGAGUGAAAUUGCAUGGGCCUAGCGGUCGAAUGAACUUUGCAUCACCAUUGGUCGAUGGAAUGGUUGUGAACAAACGCACCGUCGGCAUACUCAUUCGACAAACCGUUUACAAUAUGGCCAAGCGGAGACGCUUGGAUAACGACUUAUAUCAACCGCCACACGUACGACGACGUUUAAAGGCGUUGGAUAUUGUGCACAAAUACAAAUUAGAUAUGUCCGAACCCGAACUAUUGGCACAUCUCUUCAAGAGCUCAUCGAACACUUGAAACGAUUAUAAAUAAGUUUACUGUGCAAUUAGUGCAUGAGAAUAUUGAAUGCGCACUGUCACAAAAUGCAGGACAAUUAUAUCAAUUUACUUUCGAAAAGUAUUAAUCAAUUUAUCUGUAAUUCAAUUUCUCACUAAUUUUACAAAGAGAAUUAUUUAGAUUAACAUGAAUCAAUAGCUAAUUUAUUUAUCCAAAUAAAGAAAUAUUUACGACAGAGCAGAAA